UAUCAUCUAUCAGCUGCUGCAACAAAUUGAGCCGACAUUUUAUUUUUCGGUCGGCAUUUUGCUUGGUCAUUUUUCGAAUAAGUCUAGAUUUAUUGCUAAUACGAAUAUUAAACAACAAUUCGUACAAUUGUUACGCACUAUUACGUACAGUUGAUUGUCGCUGCGAUCAAUUUCAAGGAUGAGCGCACAGCCGAGCCCCUGCAUGAACCCCCAACAACAGCCCACCGAACAAGAAAAGGUUUACCAAUGGAUCAACGAGCUAGCACAUCCGGAUACACGCGAAACGGCCCUGCUGGAGCUGAGCAAGAAACGUGAAACGGAUCUGGCGCCAAUGCUUUGGAACAGCUUUGGCACCGCAUGCGCUCUGCUCCAGGAGAUAAUUAGCAUAUAUCCAUCAAUAACGCCACCCACACUGACCGCCCAUCAGUCGAAUCGUGUGUGCAAUGCGCUGGCGCUGUGGCAGUGUGUCGCCUCGCAUCCGGAAACCCGCACCGCCUUCCUGCAGGCCCAGAUACCCCUCUAUCUGUAUCCCUUUCUAUCGACCAUUUCGAAAACACGUCCCUUUGAGUAUUUGCGUCUGACCAGCCUGGGUGUUAUCGGCGCUCUGGUGAAGACCGACGAACAGGAGGUGAUUACGUUUCUGCUGACCACCGAAAUUGUGCCCUUGUGCCUGACCAUUAUGGACAGCGGCUCGGAGCUGAGCAAAACGGUCGCCACUUUCAUCAUACAAAAGAUAUUGCUCGACGAGUCGGGCCUAUCCUAUAUAUGUCAGACCUACGAGCGCUUCUCGCAUGUGGCCAUCACCCUGGGUAAAAUGGUCAUCCAGCUAUCGAAGGAGCCGUGUGCGCGCCUCCUGAAGCAUGUUGUACGAUGUUAUCUGCGUCUCUCCGACAAUACACGCGCACGCAAGGCGUUGGGCCAGUGCCUGCCGGAUCAGCUGCGCGACGGCACCUUCACGCAGUGCCUGCAAGAUGAUAAAUCGACCAAGCAAUGGCUGCAAAUGCUCAUCAAAAACUUGGAACCGGGCGCUGCACAACAGCCGGGCGCCGAUCCACGCCAGAUUGGCAUGUCGCCAUUGGGCUCCUAAGCGACCAAAUCUUACAACUGGCUACCCAUCGGCCCAGACGCUUGUUUAGGCAUUAAGAUUGAUUUGUUAACAUUUAGAUUUAAGCUAUUGCAACUUGUAAGUUGUAAGAAACCUCUUGUUGAAUUCGGAAAAUGUUUUGCAUUUAGCUGCACAACUCAUCCAUAUAAAUAUAUAUAUAUAUAUACAUAAGAUUGUCAACUGAAGCGAACGAGCGUGAAGCUAAUUAGAGCCUUUGCAACAAUCAAGUUUACAAGCCGUACAAUAGUUUAUGCUAAUAACUAAACCCUAUAAUAUGUAUAUAAAUAGCUAGCUAUUAAUUUUUGCCAUUAAACUGAAAUGUAAGUAAA